AUGAGCUCCGAAGUGGCCACGCCCUCGCUGCCGAGUACGCCGCGCCCCAGAAACCGACGCAGAGGGAGAGGCCAAGCGAAUCGUGAAGCACGACCGACUGGACCCGCCACCUCGGUAGAGCAACCGUCUUCUACACCUACACAGUUGCCACCAGCGCAACCGGCUUCUGCUCCAUCGUCAAAUACUCAGAAUGAGGCAUCGCGCUCGCGCAGAGGACAGAGGGAUGGGAGGGGCGCGGCGGGUCGUGGACGAGGUCGCAGCAAUGGAGGACCGAGGCGGGGACAGGCACAUGCGGCCGGACAGGACGGGCAGACGCCAGGAAACCAGUCGCGUGGGAUGAGGGCCAGAGGGUUUGAAGCCAGGUUGACGAGGCCAGGUCAGAACUUUGCUACUGCUGACGUCGCUGAGAGUGUUGCAGAGCAGAGUGACCAGAACCUCAGGGCCGAUGCGCCAGAUUUUGUACCGGGACAGCCACAGCCACCAGCUGUGAAAGGGAAAGGGAAGGCAAAGGCCAAACUACCGCCACAGCAGCCACCAAAAGUAAUGGCGAAAUCCACCGCCGGCGAUAUCGCCACUCGCAUUCACGAAGAUAUCGCCCACAACCUCUACGAAUGCCCCAUCUGCACCAGCGAGUUGGGUCGCAGAUCCCGCAUCUGGUCGUGCGGACUGUGCUGGACGGUGUUCCACCUCAGCUGCGUGAAGAAAUGGUCCACGAACCAAGCGCAGAAUGCCUCCCGAGAACAGCAAAAUGGUCAAGAUCCGCUUGCACCGCGCGCAUGGCGCUGUCCUGGUUGCAAUCUUUCCCACGAUAUUUUCCCCUCCGUGUACAGCUGCUGGUGUGAGAAAGAGACCGACCCCAGACCGCUCCCCGGUCUUCCUCCACAUUCCUGUGGUCAGACGUGUUCGCGGCCGCGCAAAGGCUGUCCGCAUCCCUGUGAUUCCACCUGUCACGCUGGGCCAUGUACACCCUGUACAUCGAUGGGCCCGACCCAGGACUGUUUUUGCGGCAGGAAUUCGUCGACAAGGCGAUGCCAGGACACGGAUUAUGAGAACGGAUGGAGCUGUGGUGAGAUCUGUGGUGAUCUCUUGCCGUGUGGUGAACAUACAUGUCCUCUUCCCUGUCAUGAAGGCUUGUGUGGGGCAUGCGAAGUCAAGAUCGAUGCUCGCUGCUACUGUGGGAAAGCACAGACUGAAAUGCUGUGUAGCUCCAAGGAUGAAGAGAAGGACAGUACUCUUGUUCACGAUGACGGAACCGUGGAAGAAUGGACGGGCUGCUUCGGCUGCGUAGAUAUAUGCAACCGCUCUUACGAUUGUGGCGUGCAUUCGUGCCAGAAGGGCUGCCAUCCACAAGAGUCACAUCCAACUCAUUGCCCCAGGUCACCGGAUGUGGUGAUACAUUGCCCCUGUGGCAAGACUGCCUUACCUGCCAUCCCUGGAUUUGUCCCUCGAUCUUCCUGCGAAGACCCCAUCCCCAAUUGCAGUGAGCCAUGUGGGAAGAUGCUGCCAUGUGGCCAUUCCUGCGAUCAAAUCUGUCACACCGGUCCUUGCGGGUCAUGCUUGCGGCGCGUCCCAAUCCAAUGCCAGUGUGGCCGCACGACAUCUACGACUAUAUGCCACCAAGGCAAUAUAGUGCCUCCCCAGUGUUUCCGCGUAUGCAAGACGACUCUGCAUUGCGGUCGCCACGCCUGCUCUGAAAGAUGCUGUCCCGGAGAACAACGGGCCAUUGAACGCCAAGCUGCUCGUCGCAAGCUCAAACCACAUCUCCGUCCCAUUGACGAAGAUAUCGAGGCAGAGCAUAUCUGCACCAGGGUUUGUGGUCGAACGCUGAAAUGCGGGAGACACACCUGCCCGGAGCUCUGCCACAAGGGUGCCUGCAACACUUGCAGGGAAGCGAUCUUCGAGGAGAUUGCGUGUAACUGUGGACGCUCAAUCCUGUUUCCUCCCCAGCCGUGUGGUACGCAGCCACCGCGAUGCUCGUUCCAGUGUGAACGCCCUAAGCCAUGUGGCCAUCCCCAGACCACACACAAUUGCCAUGCCGACGACGAAAGCUGUCCGAAAUGCCCAUUUUUAACGGAGAAGGAGUGCCAAUGCGGCAAGAAGGUGCUGAAAAAUGUUCCCUGCUGGCUGGCAGAUGCGCGCUGUGGUCAGGUAUGCGGUCAGUCACUCAAAUGCGGCUCUCACUCCUGUCGGAAAGACUGUCACCGUCCUGGUGAAUGCGAAGAUUCCACCAAGCCCUGCGAACAGGCGUGUGGCAAGACCAAGACGAUCUGUGGCCAUCCCUGCGCCGAACCCUGUCACGCGCCUUACCCGUGUCCAGAAAAGACGCCCUGCUCGUCCAUCAUCACAGUAACAUGUAGCUGUGGACGACUUCGCCAGGACAAGCGCUGCAACGCAGCCAAGGCAGUCACAUCCAAGGGCCAAGUGCAACAACCACAGCGCAUGCCCGAGCUUUCCCCACUGACAUGCGACGAUGAAUGCUCGCGUCUCGAGCGGAACCGCUCUAUAGCUUCCGCCCUCGGCGUCGACAUCAACCAAUCGACCACAAUCCAAACCAUCACCUCCGCGAACCUCCCCUACUCCAGCGAAACACUGGACCAAUACAUCCAACUCGCCUCCUCAGCACCACUAUCGACCCUCCAAACCUACGAAUCAAGUUUACAUUCCCUGGCAGCCUCGACAACGCAGCGCUCGUUCCGCUUCCAGCCCGCAAAAUCCACCCUCCGCGCCUUUGCCCACUCCCUCGCAACAGACUGGGGCUUCGUAACAGAAAGCCAUGACCCAGAUCCGCAUCGCCACGUCUUCGUCCUAAAGCCCCUCUCCUGGACACCCCCGGUCUUCGGCCUAGGCAGCAACAGUUCUGCAAUCGGAAUUGGCGGUAUGAGCGUCCGCGAGUGCGUCAAGUUGCGCGAGCGCGAGCGUAACAAGGAAUCGGAGGCCCGCCGCGUAGCUGCCCUUGAAGCAAAAGCUGCGCGUGAUGCACUGAAGACGCAGUCUGCUUCUGGGGAGGGCGGCUGGGCGCAGGUUGCCUCGCGCGGCAAGAAGGAUGGGACCAGUUCGGCGAGCACACGGAGUACGACCCCCGUUCCGGUGCAUCAGGGCCUGUUUAAUGGUGGCUCCAUGUUUGCGGCGCUGGCGGCGGAUAAUACGGGGGGAGGGAUGAAGAAGACGGAGAGACUUGUUCUGCGCUCGGGGAUUGGGGCGGGAAAGUCUUUGCGUGCGCAGCAGCAGCAACAGGCGAAUGUGGAAGUUGUGGAUAGUUGGGAGGAGGCGGAGGAGAAGGAGGAGCGGGUUGAGCGGGAGCAAGAAGAGAUUGAACCUGAUCUUGAGCUUGAGCCUGGGCAGGGGAAGGAGAAUGAGGAUGCUCCGGUGCGGGAGCAGGAUGGUACGGUUGAAGAUCUGGGGUCUUCUGAUAAACCGGGUGGUGAUAGUGGCUCCCCUGUUCAGGAAGAGAGCCAUGUUUCCGUGGCUGAUGCUGAUGACUUGAUUGUGUGA